AUGUGGUUGAAGAUCAAGCAGUACCUGCUUCUUGGAACCCUAGCAAGAGUCUUGAUUGAGCUGGAUGUAAAUCUACAAGACUCUAUCUUACCAGACUGGAGGGAAAAACUGCCCCCUGGCCUUGAAGAAGCAGGCUGUAGUAUGAUCUGCCUAUGGAGAGGAGAGUAUGGCAGGGAAUUAUGGGUGGCUUCUAGGACUGGAGAUCCUCAGAUCUACCAUUACAAGGAACUGAAUUCUUCUGACAACCACAUGAGAAUUCCAUAUCGAGGAUUCCUAGAUGAUGGCAAAAUAAAGACAAUUUCAGAUAUGAAACCAAAAGUCUCUAAGGAGGAGAAAGGCCAGUUCCUCAUUCAAAUUCGCCUCAAGUUCACCUGCACUCGGCCUGGAGAGUCCAUAGUUACAGGUGUGGAACCUGUUCUUCCGAGCCUUCGCCUGGCCAUUCACUCUGGAUCUGCUAACUCCCUUGUCGGGCCACACUGGGACAACGUCACCUUCGGAGAGGGCAAAGACAUACCAGAGGAAGAGUGGCACUUGAAUUCAGAAACUGAACAACCCCAGUGUGGUCCCAAGAACAGCAAGUCCAACAACGUCCCCUGGAAGCUUCUGGCAAUAGGGGCUCUUAGCUGCAUAGGAAAGAUGGAGCCACCCUGCCCAGAGGUACAGAUAAGAGGCUGUGGGGCAUCUCCUCGGUUCUCCGUGAGGAGUCUGUCAAAGAAGCACUGUGAGAACCAGGAGAAUCUUCUCCACUUUGACCAGCAAGCCCUAGACCGCAUCUCUACGUCUCCCACUUACAGGAGAUUAAGGGGCAAUGUCUGUGGAGCGUCGUCACACUGCUGCGAGCAAGAGACCUAGGAAGUGCUCACCUGGAAGGAGCCUGGAAGCCAGCAGGAGCCUGCAGGCUCUCCAUGUUACCUCUCCAAAAGUCCGCCUGGAAGCCCAAAGAAUUCUUCACAUUCUCUAUCACCCUUGAGACUCCAACCAAGAUUCCCUCCAGAUCCCCAAAGGUCCUCAACACAACUGGCUCAUUUGAACCCCUUCUCCUAUCUAUGGCCAUACCACCCUGAACACAUCCAAUCUUAUCUGAACCCCUUCCCCUGCUUCAGCCCAUCAGUGGGGGAUCUUUUCCCCAGGCCUCUCUUCCAGAGAGAGGAAGCCACUCACCACCCAGCCCUGCCACAAGGCCUCCUGGUUCUCGGAGUAGAAGGUCAGGUUAGCGAUGGUCUGUCGGCCAUUGGAUAUAGUAGAGGCAGCCCUCUUGCGAUCCAGGCCAUUGAAGACAGCCUGGACCUCAAUCCUCAAGCAAAAUAUUGCUGUUGUCAGUCGGAGGAAUGCGAUCCGUGCAUGCCAUCUUUGUUGAUUUUAACCCUCUUAACCCCAGUUGACCUAAACAUAUCGACUAAGGCUGAGGACAUUUACAAAGCCACACAGGAAAAUGCAGAUUAUCGCAGUCAAGACCUUCCUGAGGGCAGAGACCUCUUAUUUACCUUUAAUCUUUGUAAGACGAUGCCUCGGUCACUUAGUCGGUUGGCAGGCAGACUGGCAGGCGGCUUGACUUACAGUGUCACUUAUCAAUCCCUGAUUUAUUUGCGUUUUGACAGAGGACAUGACUUGAGGCCAAGCGAUGAAGGUGCAUUGCACAGGUUCUGUGAGCAUAGGCAGAGUUUUGCGGUGCUCAACUUCCCUGGACUUGAGGUGUUCCCAGGGAACAUUCCGGUGUCAGAUGUAGCUGCAGAUUACCUCUGCCACCCCCUUCUGCUACCGAAUUCAGAAUGCAAAAAGCCAAGAUGGUGUUUCUCCCAGAGAGGCACGGAGAAAGAUACAAACAGGCACAUACCUGACCUGGAGAACUGCCUGUCCUCAGUGAAAAUUACAGACUUCAGGGACUGUGAGUUCCACUGCCAUAACGAUAAAACCUGGAAUGAAAUCAUGGAAACAUAUCAGAAACUUCCUACCAAUUAAUUAGACUUGAGAAAGCAGCAAGUGGCCGUGUUGGAAGUCUUCACAGGUGAAUGCGUUGAUUUCUUGGACCAUUUUAUCAUAAUGUGCAUUGCAUUUUCUAAAAAGAUCUUCAUGAAUACAUUAAAAUAUCUACAAACUCAUGAAUAUCUUCUGGAUGUAGAUUUAUGGAGACUUUUUGCAAACCUAGAAGAGUUAAGUCAGACAAGCUUCGAUUUUGUAAACAGUGUUUUUGGCAUCAUCAAGGACUAUGCUGAGCCUUCUGAGACCUCACUACUGAUGGAUUUCAUCUCCAUGCUCACAAAGUAUUUCUGAGGCAGCCUCUGUCAGAGCCACCAGACCUACUGCCUGAAUGACUUAGUCACUGUCUUUUAUCUUGAGAGCCUGAGGCAAAGAGAUGACUUUGGAAUUUAUUUAAAGUGGUGUGAGCAAAAUGAACAGUGAGGACGGCUCCACCUGCCUGAGCUGCUGGUGGCCCCACUGGACAGGUGGGGUGACUCGACCUUGUUGCUGAAGAAUGUCUGGAAAUGGAGUAGAGACUCUAUGGAGAAAAUCAUGAUCUACAGCAUCAAGGAAAAGAUGGAAAGGUCAAUCAGGAUCCUUGAAGGAAAAGUGAAGUGGCUUGACAAUUGCCAAAAAUGUAGACAUCUACGGAAGAUUACUGUGUGGCCUCCACUAUGAGAUAGAAACAAAAAGUUUUUCCUGAAACAUAUUUUUAAAGAACACAUGGCAGAAAACAUCUUGUCACCAACCACCAGACAACUUUUCUAAGAAGGAAAAUUAACUCUUGCAGAAAGCACAAGAUUCCUAGGUGUUUAUAUGUUUCUCUUUGAUGAUUUCCUCUUAGUUGUGAAAACUAAUUGCAACAAAAAGAAACUUGAAGGUUCAGGCACUGGUUUAAUGUGUCCUUCGCUUACUGCUGAGCCGUGAACAGUAAUAAAAGAGGUUGGUUCGUGUAUGGUACUUGAUCAGCCCAUUCCACUAGACCGAUUGGUGGUCAAAAGUAUCGAUCCACUCCACAUGUCUGCGUUUGGGCUGAGAAAUGCUUUCCUUGUAUGACAUGAAAACAGAUAUCGACGGUGUGUAGCAAUGUUCUUAUUCCAAACCCAAAAAGAAAAUAUCAAAAAAACAUGGACGACACAAAUAACAGCAGCAAUAUCUUGCUUCACCAAGAACCAGGAAACCAAGAAGAUAACUUUACGUCCGUCGCCUGCAGAAUCCUCUGAAAUGUAG